UCGCUCAAACACAGGGAGUGUUGGCGACUAUGUGAACAACUUACGAAGCUUCUCUGCGAAUAUCAAUGGCAGAAUCAAUUUUUGGACAUCAGUUUCUUUCUCAGGUUUGCCAGAGAAGAAAGGGGUUGGUCGGCCGGAGAAGAAGACACGAGGGUAUUUAGGUCAUUUUAAUUUUUCCGUUAACAAAUGUGACGGUGCAUUUUAGUCCAUUGAGAGGGUUAUAUGCCAUUUUGGAAGCUAAGGGAGGUGAUCUGCAAAUGAGAAUAACCACAAGGGGGUUAAAUGAAGGAUAUGUUAAGGAGUAGGGGGGAGAGAGAUGAAUUGGAUAAUAGGUCUAUGGGUGCUGGAGUUCGGGACUCAUCGCAUGGACUUUUGAGGGUUAUGAUAGUUUUGAUUACUUUUGUGGCCGGUGUGGUUAUUGGGUUGACCUCAAGUUCACACAUCCAGAGUUAUUUUACUUUCCAAUCAGACCAGUUUUAUAAAAAUUAUGCAUUGGCUCCAAUGGGUUCUAUUGGCAACAAUUGUAGUGUAGUCCUGCAUUGUGAGAAGGAGGACUGUUUGAGCAUGAAGAGUUUUAUGAGACCGAAGAAUCUGACGCACAGUAUGUCGGAUGAUGAGCUCUUUUGGAGGGCUUCUUUGGUGCCAAAGAAGGCAGAGUAUCCCUUUGAAAGAGUACCUAAAGUGGCGUUUAUGUUCUUGACAAGGGGACCUUUGCCAAUGUUGCCACUGUGGGAGAGGUUCUUUCAACGUCAAGAUGAGAAGCUAUAUUCAAUUUAUGUGCAUGCACUUCCUGGGUUCAAGCUUGAUGUGACCAAUACCUCUGUUUUCUACAGGCGUCAGAUCCCUAGUCUGGUAUGA